AUGGCAUCUUUCUCUGCUCCAUUUUCAGACCUUGAAAUGAAUGAGCCAAAUUCUUCCAUCUCUGAAGCUGAAACCUUGCUGGUAAUACCCUAUCCUUAUAGUCAUAAAGAAGGUACAACUACAAACAUGGCCGAAUGUAUUUAG